AUGCCGUGCCUUACUCCUAUCUCCUCCUACCUUACUCCUAUCUCCUCCUACCUUACUCCUAUCUCCUCCUACCUUACUCCUAUCUCCUCCUACCUUACUCCUAUCUCCUCCUACCUUACUCCUAUCUCCUCCUACCUUACUCCUAUCUCCUCCUACCUUACUCCAAUCUCCUCCUACCUUACUCCUAUCUCCUCCUACCUUACUCCUAUCUCCUCCUACCUUACUCCUAUCUCCUCCUACCUUACUCCUAUCUCCUCCUACCUUACUCCAAUCUCCUCCUACCUUACUCCUAUCUCCUCCUACCUUACUCCUAUCUCCUCCUACCUUACUCCUAUCUCCUCCUACCUUACUCCUAUCUCCUCCUACCUUACUCCAAUCUCCUCCUACCUUACUCCUAUCUCCUCCUACCUUACUCCUAUCUCCUCCUACCUCACUCCUAUCUCCUCCUACCUCACUACUAUCUCCUUCUACCUUACUCCUAUCUCCUUCUACCUUACUCCUAUCUCCUACCUUACUCCUAUCUCCUACCUUACUCCUAUCUCCUCCUACCUCACUCCUAUCUCCUCCUACCUCACUACUAUCUCCUUCUACCUUACUCCUAUCUCCUACCUUACUCCUAUCUCCUACCUUACUCCUAUCUCCUCCUACCUUACUCCUAUCUCCUCCUACCUUACUCCUAUCUCCUCCUACCUUACUCCUAUCUCCUCCUACCUUACUCCUAUCUCCUCCUACCUUACUCCUAUCUCCUCCUACCUCACUCCUAUCUCCUCCUACCUCACUCCUAUCUCCUCCUACCUCAAUACUAUCUCCUACCUUACUCCUAUCUCCUCCUACCUUACUCCUAUCUCCUCCUACCUUACUCCUAUCUCCUCCUACCUUACUCCUAUCUCCUCCUACCUCACUACUAUCUCCUACCUUACUCCUAUCUCCUCCUACCUUACUCCUAUCUCCUCCUACCUUACUCCUAUCUCCUCCUACCUUACUCCUAUCUCCUCCUACCUUACUCCUAUCUCCUCCUACCUUACUCCUAUCUCCUCCUACCUUACUCCAAUCUCCUACCUUACUCCUAUCUCCUCUUACCUCACUACUAUCUCCUCCUACCUUACUCCUAUCUCCUUCCUCACUCCUUUCUCCUCCUACCUCACUCCUAUCUCCUCCUACCUCACACCUAUCUCCUCCUACCUCACACCUAUCUCCUCCUACCUCACUCCUAUCUCCUACCUCACUCCUAUCUCCUACCUUACUCCUAUCUCCUCCUUCCUCACUCCUUUCUCCUCCUACCUCACUCCUAUCUCCUACCUCACACCUAUCUCCUCCUACCUCACACCUAUCUCCUCCUACCUCACUACUAUCUCCUCCUACCUCACACCUAUCUCCUCCUACCUCACUACUAUCUCCUACCUCACUCCCUCCAGCACUGAUACACACAACUGGUUCCUUCCUACAUCCAGCCAUUAUAUUCACAAACAAAUCACACAUAUAGCAAUGAUAAACUUCACUAUGGCUGUUGGGUGGGCUCGAACCUUCAGCCUAGGCACUGCCAUCUGUAGUGUGGUACAGUGGUAG